AUGAGUUCCUCUUCGUAUGAUCCCGAGAUGGGCUCGGGCCUCACCCAGAAGAGAACUACAAUCACCUCUUCUGUACCUACUUCUUCAUCAUCGAGUAGUGGCUCAUCUUCUAUAACUCUCGGGAUGCAACCUUCUUCCUCUGCACCCAAUUUGGAACCUAUUGAUUCUUAUAACAAGUUGGAUAAAACUGAUAUUUCCAUCGGAGAGAGAUUACAAAUGUUCGUCCGAAAAAACAGAAUCUUUUCCGUGAUUUUAAUAGUUUUUGUCUUAUUCGUGAUUGGAUUAUUUGUGAUGAGUGGAAAUUCUAAAAAUGGAAACUCGGAGGAUGAUCCGAAAAACGUGUUGGAUGGAAAUACCAUUCUCGAGGAAGAUCUUUUUGGAUCCGAUAAUGGUAAUGGCGAUUCACGUUCCUCCUCCUCAUCACCAUCAGGAUACUCAUCUUCUUCCUCAUCUUCCGAUGGUAACAAUAGAAAACCAGCCUAUUUGAAACGACCCGAAUUAAUGACCAUUCAAGAUUACUUUGUGGAUUUCAUGGCAGACUCUCAAAAUGAGAGAAGAAGAGCCGUGAGAGAGGCCUUUAUUCAUGCUUUCAAAGGAUAUGAAAAAGUGUGGGGAAAGGAUGAAUAUAGACCUGUGAGUCGUGGUCAUCACAAUUGGAUUCGUGAUUCGAAUGGUUUUGGUAUGACCAUUAUCGACUCUUUGGACACAAUGGUGAUCAUGGGUUUGAAAGAACAAUUCGAAAAAUCAUUGAAAUAUGUGAAAAACGAAAUGCCUUCAUUUUCAACAAUUAAUGGAGGAAUCAGUGUUUUUGAAACAACAAUUCGAGUGGUGGGAGGAUUUUUGAGUGCAUUUGACUUGACAAAAGAACCAAUUUUCCUUGAGAAAGCCAAAGAUAUGGCAGAUCGAUUGGUUCCUGCUUUCAAUUCUCCAACUGGAAUUCCUUAUUCGGAGAUUAAUUUGAGAACGGGUGAGAAGAAGACUUUUGCUUGGGCUGGAAAUUGUUGUCCAUUGAGCGAGUUCGGUACGCUUCAAUUGGAGUUUAGAAGAUUGAGUGAAUUGACUGGAGAUGACAAGUACAACAAAUUGGUGACUCGAAUUAUGGACUUGAUGUUUGACCGAAAACCAGCCAAUGGUCUUUUCCCAAUCAAAUUCCAUCCAGACAAUGGCCAAUGGUGUACCAAUCACGUCUCACUAGGCGCUCUAGGUGACUCAUUCUUUGAAUAUUUACUCAAACAAUGGCUAAUGAAUAGAGGAACCAAGGCUGCAGAAAGAUACAGACAAUUAUAUUUGGACUCUUUGAAAGGAAUUUUCGAUCACAUGCUCUUAAAAUCGAGCCAAGGAUAUACCUAUGUGGCAGAAUACAGUGGAAAUCCAUAUCACAAAGUGGAUCACUUGGCUUGUUUUGCUGCUGGCAUGUUUGCCUUGGGAGGUUAUUUCAAUGUCUCCACAGCAGAUUUCCCAAUUUCGAAUGCAAGACAAAUUGAAGCUGGUGCCGAAUUUACGAGAACAUGCUACGAAUCAUAUCAACAAAUGCCUGCUAAGAUUGGACCUGAAACAUUUUUAAUGGAUUCUGGAAAUAUUAGAGCUGGUGUCCCCACUUAUCUAUUGAGACCUGAGACUGUGGAAAGUAUUUUCGUUUUGUAUCGUGUGACAGGUGAUGAAAAAUACAGAGAAUGGGGAUGGAAGAUUUUCCAAGCCAUUGAAAAACAUUGUAAGGUGGAAGGAGGAGGAUACAGUGGCAUAACAUCUGUCUUGUCUACACAACCUGGAAAGGAUGAUUUCCAACAGAGCUUCUUUUUGGCAGAAACUUUGAAAUAUUUGUAUUUGUUGUUCUCUCCAAAUCAUGUCAUUCCAUUGGAUAAGUUUGUUUUCAACACUGAGGCUCAUCCAAUCAGAAUUACUCAGACUGAACAUUAG